AUGCGCUUAACCUCUUCGUUUUCCAUCCUCGCUUUACUCUCGGCGGUACUCGCCCACCCUGGGGAGAUUGAAGAGCAUGAUACCCCUGCAAAACACGAAUUCCUGCGCUAUGCGCAACGCUCUAUUGCCGACUGCAAACAACCGCUUUACCUUGAAGGAUACGAGACUGCCGCCGUGCAGCGUCGUGCCAACCUUGCCAAGGUCCUUCGUGAAGAACGCGGCCUUCCUUCGCGAGAAUUCCUUGACAAGCGUGACUUCGAAACUGUGCUCAACACCAGCCACCACUCCAACAAAACCAACCUUUCUCUCCUCAGCCCAUCCAAGGAUAUCUUCACCGGAGAGUUGCAAUGUGUUCUUCAGUCCGAGACUACCGAGGGUCCUUACUACGUCAAGGGAGAGCUGAUCCGUACAAAUAUCCGGGAGCGCCAGAAGGGCAUUCCCCUUUAUAUUGAUUACCAGAUUGUGGACGUCAAUACUUGCAAACCUGUACCAAACGUUCACCUUGAUUCGUGGCACACAAAUGCAACUGGUGUUUACGCUGGUGUUGUCGCACGUGGAAACGGCAAUAUCAACGACCUCUCGAAUAUUAAUGCCACCUUUGCUCGUGGAAUCACCAAGACUGACCGUCAUGGCGUUACAUUCUUAGAGACACUCUUUCCUGGACAUUACACAGGACGUACCACCCACAUUCAUGUCCUUGUUACUGUUAAUGCCACAGUCGCAAGAAACGGAACUCUUAUUGGCGGGAACGUUGCACACGUCGGUCAAGUCUUCUUCGACCAAGAUCUGAUCAAUAAGGUCGAGGCCUAUUCUCCAUACACGACCAAUCAGCAACCGCUUCUGCUCAAUAAGGACGACUUUAUCUUUGCUGAAGAAGCAGCCUCUUCUGACCCAGUGCUCAACUAUGUCUGGCUCGGCAGCAAGCCGACAGACGGCAUUCUCGCGUGGAUCACGAUCGGCAUCGACACAAAGGCAAGCUACAACCCGUCGGCUGCUGUCUUCUGGACAAAGAAUGGCGGCGUCGUUAACCCUGACGCUCCCUCUGGCCCACCAGGAGGCCCUGGAGGUCCCGGUGGACCACCCCCUAGUGGCUUCCCUACUGGCCUCCCUCCCCCUAGCAGCACUGUCUCAGCGACCUCUGAUCCGACAUCUACUUCUGCUUGA